UUUGCCGGUUUCGGAGCUGCUAAGACAUCAAUUGUAACCCGCUCUAAGAGCUCACAAAUUUAUGAAUCUUCAUAAGGUGUAUUUCGGCGUUUCAUCAUGGAAGCAACUCCACAUAUAUUAACACUGAAUAUGGCUACAAAUCUUGAUAUUGUACUAAAAAGAUUGAGGCAACCAGAAAGCUUGAGCUUCAACACUUAUGUUCGAUUGAUACAAGGAUUCUAUCGAGAACUUCUUAAUACAUUUCAUACCAUUGAUAGUGUUGCUCAAAUAUUGCUACAGUCUCUGGAUGAACAAUACAUAUAUUUUAUUAAUAAUAUUCCACCAAGUCAUCAUUUAUUUGAAGUAAAUAUGAUGUAUAUUUUGAAUAUAGACGAAUUAGAAAGAGAUACAAUUUUUCGUAUAUAUGACCAUACAUUGCGAGGAUUAUCGAUUCACCGAGAAACCCAUAAUAUCCUUAAAUUUUUGGAUAAAUUGGUCCAAAAGUACAUUGUAAAACAAGUCCAGCAUGAUUUUCUUCGUAAGCUGCAAGGUCUUGUGGGGCCUUCUGAUAAAAAGUGCCUAAAGUUGGUUAUUAAAAUUGCAUGUUACAUAGUAACUAAAUGGAAUUGCGAUGAGGAACAAGAAGAACUUUUUGAUAAACUUAUGAUACACACAAAAUGGUCGAAAUUAGAUUAUUACAUUUGUAGCAGCUUGUAUAGGAGAUUUGGCCGAAACAGCGACGCAGUAAAAAUUGUUAUGGAAAAAAUAUUCCAAGGUUUUCAAGAAAAUCACUCCGCUUAUGGGGCAUUUAUAUUGUUUAAAGAAGUAAUUCGCGUUUCUUUCGAGAAUUAUUAUGAUAUUAUUGAAGACGAUAUUGUAUCAGUUUUAGAACAGGAUAUCAAGCAGAGAACAUUACGUUCGUCUAUAAUAACAUAUGUUAUUCCAACAAUUUCGGAUGCGGCUCGAGAAAAAUUUAUAAAACGAAUUGGUACAUUUAACGCAUUCUACAAAUUACAAGUUAUUAAAUAUUAUUGCCACAAAGAUUAUUUAGAAGAAAUUGACUUCGAUUUAAUCAACGAGAUCGUCAGUAAAGUAGCGCUUAAUAAGAAAGAUAAAACCGUAAUAAAUUUGAUUUUUGAUUUAUGUUGUUCAAAUCCGAACAAGGAUUCUUACGUUGAAGAGGAGCAUUUCCGCUUGUUUAUGAGAUGUAUUAAAAAACAAUAUGGGAGACUUGAACCAGUUAUGAGAUAUAAUAUUCAUACAUUUUUAAAUCUUGUGUUAUUAUCGAUGGUUAGAAAAAACCGUCCUUUGUAUUUGGAAUUUUUUCUUGAAUUAGAUAAAUUGGUGCGAAUAUUUCCUAAUAAGUAUCAUAACCCGAAAGCUUCAUACCAAACACGAGUUUUAAUGGAAAUUCAUGUUAGGGCUUUAUAUUUAUUGUCUCGAACAUACACGAAGUUGCGAGAAAAAUUUCCUUUUGUGGAUUGCGAAGAUUUAAGCGGAAAUAGAAUCCCGACGCGUCAGAUUUUUGAAAGAUACAUUCAAAGGGGUUGGGAUAUGAUCAAGCAAGUUACUUUAAGUGGGCUUGGAACUGAAUAUGCAUACGAUUUAAUUAGUUACAACAAAGCGAAUUAUGAUGAGGUGUUAAUAUCUGGGAUAAAAACGAGUUUAUUCGUUAGUUUAACCGUCCCAAAUUUAGACAAAUUGAGUGCCAUACGGACCUACGCAAAAACAAUUAAAAAGAUUUAUUUAAAUCUUUAUAGAAUCACCGACAUUGACAACUUAAUUCGACUUUUAAUUGAAGCACUCCACCAGCAAUACCUCAACAUUAAGGAUUCUCGAGAUUACCUCGCUCAUUUAGCAAAUCCAGUUUAUACAACCGGAGAGGCUAUACUUGUUUUCAUCGACUGUUUUAUUACAAACGAUGGUCUUCGGUAUCUUCAAGGAUUAUGCAGCGAAAUUAUAUACGUCACAUUGCCUUUGAUUGACACAAACGUUGAUGCUUAUUCUAAGAAAUGCAUUGAACAAAUUUUUGUGACUCAUUUGGAAAUAUUAAAACAUUGCGUAAUAAAACAAAACAAUUUGGAAGUUGAUCAAGAACUGAUGAAAUUGUUUUUCCGCAUUUGCGACUACAUUAUGUGCCAAACGAAAUAUCGCAAAGCCACAUCUGCUGCUGUAAAAGUCGCGAGUGAAGUCGUCGGAUCAAUUUCCUAUUUGUCGGAUGAUAUCUAUGAUUACUUAAUUUCGCGAUUAAAUACUCACCUUUACGAACUUGAAGAUGCCGCUUUAAACAGAUGCUCGGGAAAUAAAGAAAUGAUUUUGUUUACUUUUAAAUCGUUCCAAUUAAGAAGGAAUUUAUUUCCAAUUCACUUCCAAAGAAUGCUGUCCGCUUCGCAUGGUUAUCACGAAUUACAUCUUAUUGCGAUUACAGCUAUUAUAAGUGAUGCUAAAUUAAAAUCGUUGACUGAUCCUUUUCUUAUUGACGUUUUUAGAAGGACUUUAGACAUUAUGGCACAUCCAAAAUUUUCAAACAGGAAUCUCGCUGCUCAAAUAAUGCAAGUAUUAGCAAAUCGUAUAAUGGGGACGAAAUCUGAAUUGGGAACCCGUCCAGUAUCUCUUUUGCACGUUUUUGAACGUUUCCCAGAACUUGAAAAAAUUUGCUUUGAAACUCUUAUUUCCAAAAAUAAUCACAGUAAAUUUGGAGUAUUAAUUUUUAUUGGUGAAUCUCCGCAUUGUUCUUCAUUAUUUGGGGAGAUAUGCGAUUUUCCUCGAGAUCAAAUCGGGCAAUUAUUGGAAACGCCUGGUUUAAAAAUGAUUGCUAAUAAAGUAUAUGCAAUGACGGUUAACAUAAAUCAAAUUUACAGCACAAUUUUAAAAGCGAUUCAAGGGCUGCAUUUUGUUGAUGUAACUCCAUGCUCACUUAUGUUUGUAGAAUAUUUACUUACAAGAUUGAUGAAUUUAAACGUAAAAGAUGAGGUUAUUCAAGAUGUGCUUGUUCGUUUAGAGUUGCUUUUAAGAUCUCCUGGUGUAAUGGGAACUCCAGGGGCUACAAAGUUUUUGAGAUAUCCGUCUUGCAAUAUAUACAAGGUAUCAUUGAAACAUUCCCCUCAAAAUGAUAUCGCUGAGGAUUUAUUAGGUCUGAUUUGUAAGUGUUUUAUUUCAGAGAAUUAUGUAGCUCUUACUUUUGCUUGUUUUUAUACCGGAACAAUUUUUCAGAGGUUAAAGGAAGUUGCCAAAGAGGCGUUGCUUCAAAAAUUGGUCCAACUUUUAUUUGAACCAAACGGCGGCUCUUAUCUUAUGAUUUGCCAGUAUUAUUUAACCAUUAAAAAUAUUAUUAUUUGUUAUCCCCAUAUUAAUAAAACUUUUGUUGACGUUAAGUUUAAUUUAGUUAGUAAUGUUUUUGUUGCUGAAAUCAUUACGUUUAUUUUAUCGCGUAAGGAGUCUAUAACAGAACGCGAUUUGCGUUCGUUACAAGAUUUAAAAUGUUAUCUUCCAAUACUUUUUAAACAAUCUGAUACUGACGACGAAAUUGUGUCAGAAUCUAUUGUGAGCACAUUAAUUAAUCUUUCUAAUCUAUUUCCAAAAGUUGAUUUUAAAUUAUUAGAUUUUUAUUUUUUAUUAAUUGUUGCAAUAUUUUCUAUUUCGGAUAAAAGCAGAUUUAAACGUUUAUUUAAAAUUAUUAUUGGGAAGGAUGAUGAAAUUUCAUACCAAAUUCAAAGAUUACCAAAGAUAAUUAAACGUGAUUUAGCCAAAGAAUAUCCUAAUUUUAUUAAAAACACUUCGAAAUAUAUUUCGUUGAAUCUCAAUAAAUUCUUUGUUGACUACACCCCACUUUACAAUUGCUCAGAAGAAUACAUAAACGUUAAAAUAGACGUUUUCCUGUUAAAAACGGUAUUGGAGGAACUUAAAACAAUUUAGUGUUAACCUAUACUAUAUAGAUUAUGACAUUUUUAUAUAAAUGUAGAUGUUUUUAUAAAAGUUUUUAACAAUUAUUGAUGACAUUUUAACACACCUUCAAUCAUAAAUGCAAUAUUUUAUAUUACAUCUACAUUUUUUGUUACUUAUAUUGCUCAAUAAAUAAAUAUUUUUACAAAUUCUUAAAA